ACUUUAAGGGUGAGCCGGGAUGCAAGGUUUUAUUGAAUUUUUCUUCAAACUAAGGGUGCGUUUCUUUGGGAGAUCUAACUCGAAAUCCGGAUUGUUCAAUCCAGGAACGGAUUGCGGUUUCUUUUCUGGAAUUAAAGAAGAUUUUAGGUCUAAAGAAUCAGCAUUCCGAGCGGAUUCAAAUCUAAACCAGAUUUUUGCGAUUCGUCAUCUGUGCGUGAUUUUUGGCGCGGAUCCCAAAGAUGAACACCUAGUAAACUGUUCGAUGCAAAAAUUGAUGCUGGACUUUAGGGUUCUCAUGCUUGCAGCCGGCUAAAAAACUGGCGAAUGAGAGUUUUGAGCCGUCUUCUUUUUGGCAAAAAAGGAUAAGUGAGAGUGAAAGUCUGAAAUUGUCACUUAUGUCCAGAAAUGCACGCAAUGGCAAAAACGGCGAAAAAUCGCUAGAGGGCUGGCGAUUCAAGUUACCAAGCCACCUAAUUUUACAUUAUAGCUGUCUACUUUAACACUUAAUGAGAACCCUGUGACUUUUAAUUUCUUUCGAAUCUGAAAUCCGAGGAAAAUUUAAUUAAAAAUUUAACCCUGUAUUGGAUUCUUAAAAUAUUUACUCAAUGAACAUCAUUGUGAGAGUCACUGCUGCAUUGUGGGGCAGGUGUAGACAAUUGCUUUUGAUUCAUCUAGCUCCCGCUUGGCAUGGCGGCGCUUUACCGGCUAUCUGAACUAACCAGGCGAAAGUCUAGUUCUUCCUCCUCUUUCUCUUUGUCAGACAAUGCUACGCUUUCUCAAAAGCUUAGAGUUGCUUGACACAGAGUGAGCAUGAGCUGGAACAACCAGAAAUUGCUAACUGAAGUUAAUGAAACGUGCUUUGAAAAUUGCAAAAACACAUUUGGAUUUUUAUGUACAGCUAUAUCAGGAACUUGCGACCCAACUCAAAACAGCAUUGUUCAAGUGGAUGGUGACGGACUGACUUUCUCGACCCCUGGCUUCCCCUCGUUUCCAGGAAAUGGAACCUGCACUUGGAAUAUCACAGUACCAAUCGGGCGGUUUAUCAAGCUAACAUUUUGGAGAAAAUAUGGAGAUUGUAAAGAAAACUUUGUAAACGUUUUUGAUGCGACAAAUUCUACACGCAUAUCACUUGGAAAAUUCUGCAGCUUAUUCGAGGAAGUUGUAUUCUCCAAGGGGAACAGUUUGCUUGUUGAGUAUAAUUCCUUGCGCAGGGCCUAUUACAAUGGAUUCUUAGCUACAUAUGAAACUAUCAGGGAGCGUCCUGCAGACUAUUCUUGUUUAACAGAUCUAGAUGAAAGUUUGCUGGAAGACGAUCAGGGAGAAUUUGCCAGCUUUUCAUAUCCUCUCCAUUACCCUAAUAACGCCAAGUGUUCCUGGCAUAUUUAUCGUCCGGCUGGAUUUAUCAUACAGUUAACAUUUCAUUCAUUUAAUUUACAACAAUCGGAGAACUGUGAAGCUGACUUUGUAGAAAUUAGGCAGAGCAAAGACAUAACUGUAAGGCGUUGGGAGUUAAUUGCCAGAUUCUGCGGUUCUUCCCUUCCUCCGGUUAUUGUGUCGAACCAGUCAAAUGUGUUUGUGAAUUUUGUCACUGACAUGUUUAAAAUGUACCCAGGAUUCCAUGCAAGCUACAAGGUCCUCCCUAACCGUAAGUAUUUCAGGGUAUUACGCUGUAGAAAGAUGAACUAAAUGAGAUAAAAUAAAAUGAACGACUAAAAGUAAUAACCUCUAACACAAAGGCUAGUGAGGCUGAACUAAUGAAGAGAAUUUAGAAUCGGGCUCUAAAUCAUGUUCUAAGACUACUGUAUUAUCUAAAUGAGUUUUGGUGUACUGUCAACUCUGAUAAUGUCACAUUAUUUGUAGCACAAGUCGUAAACACAAAGAACGUUUCGCGUGUUUUGUUAGGCAAUUUUAUCGGGAACGAAAUUUGUCAUUAAAAAAAUUGCGCUAGUUUUCGUCGGUACACGAAAAAACGAGCAAAUGAAAAUUUUCGCGUUAAACUUUUGCAGACACAGCAUGUGUACAAUCGCCCCAAUCCUCCCAAAGAUUGCAAAAUACGUAUUCAACUGCUAUGAGAAAAGAAGAUCAUUAGUUGUUUAGGUUAACAUUGACUAUAGUUCCACUAGUGUGCAAUUUGUGUUGUAGUUUUAAAUUAUUUGGAUAAUGUCGAUAUACAUAGGAUUGUAAAAGACUCCAAAUAAAACAUUGUCUUGUCUUGUCUUGUACAAAAGCUAGUGUGAACAAAGGUUAAUGAUUUGUAUUGUCAUUCAAUUUUCAGCGGCCAUGGGAGCGUGCAAAAAUCCAGGUCAAAACAACAUCAUACCCCUGACAAGUUCAUCAGGAAGCCUCUUCUCGCCGCUCUACCCACAGGACUACCCGACUAAGAUCAUGUGUACUUGGGUGAUAACAGUACCCGAGGGAUACCUUGUGAGAUUGAGAAUCAAGGCAUUUCGCCUGGGUUACAGUUGUGGCAGUUCCUCUCUCCAGAUCUUUGAUGGUAAAAGUUCAUCAAGCAACUUAUUGAAGAAGUUUUGUGGGAAAGACUAUAACUUAAAUGUUUUCUCCAGUGGUCGUCACCUUUUGGUUCAAUAUGAUUCACGCCAGGAGUAUUUGGUUGGCGACGUUUUUUUCGACGCUGUGUUUGAGGCUGUGGAUCGCGGUAAGGUUUAAAGAGUGUAGAAUGCUAGCGGUUACUCAGUUUUGAUGUACGGGCAAGCAAAUCAAGCGGGCAAACGUCACAAGAAAGGGGAAAAAAGAAAAGGAUUCUAACUAAUUGGAAACUGGAGAGGAAGCAGGAGUAUAGAGGGUUGCUUUUCCCCUUUCCCCUACCCAGCUCUUCUUUCGGUUCGUUCAGUUUCUCUCGCCAUUCAUUUGGCAUUCUCAAACUCAUUAAUUAUUCAUGCAGUCAAAAGCCAAUAAAUGACGACCAUUUGGCUCAGGUGAAUGAAUCCUGACACCUAAUGAAAAACCAGAUAAAACGCCACCAGCAGCUUUUCAUCAGAGAUGAAACUUUUUUUUUUCAUCGAGAUCAAACACCUGCAUUUGCAUUUGCAUGUCAAAAACUCGGGCUUCGUGCUUCAUCACCCGUGAUGAAGCACUCGCCUAGUUUUUUUACAUAUUACUUCACGACUACGUGUCUGAAAAGGGACUGCUAGCAGUCUAAUGCUGGCUAUAAGCUUCUGUUAUGUAGAUACGUCUUGGUCCCUAUAAUUAACUUAAAACGUGUAAAAUGAAAGUAACUGAGCAAACAGGAUUAUUUCCCGAAAGCCAUGAGCUCGGCACAAUCCGAGCUCCUCUUAAGGUCACAGUUUGACCCUACGUGGGCAAAAGCGGUCACUGAUUCGAAUGCCAGUUUAGGCCAAAACGGUCAUAGGUUUGACCCACAUUUGUUUCGAACGAACAAAGUUGUGGCUUGGAACCUGUUGGGCCCAAAACACUCACGGUUUUCGCUGGUUCCAUUUUGAUGCGCCAAGCCUACUUCCCUGCAUGAUAUUAAGGAGCUUAAAGCAACGAUGACCGCGACAGCAACGAGAACGGCAAAAAUGUGAUAGGUUAUAUUUGCAAAACAACAACUUUGCAUGUUGCAUGUGCAUCACACUUUUUUUGUACAUUUCUUAGCCUAAUUUCAAGUUUUGUCGCGGACGGGAACACAAGACAACGACUUUCUUUUCCUUUUCUUGAACUUUGAUACAGUCCUCUAGAAUUCAACUCCAAAAAACUUUGCCAACAUUUGAAGAAUCAAACGAGAUGCUUGGAAUAAGCGCGAUUAAGUUCGAGGCAGCGGGAAUUCACUUUGUACGGGACGUUUUCGUAGCCGUCGUUGUUGUUUAAGCUUCCUAUUCUUGACUUGAACACAUACCUUAUUAUAUUGUACAUCUGAAUCCAUGAGUGGGCAAGAUGAAGUGAAUCCUUCGCUUUGAUUGGCUUACUGAGCGGGCAAGCUCGGCUCGUCUUGCCCGCUUGGGAUUUCCCACGUUGGUUCCUCAAUGAAAAAAUUCUUUAUUUACCAGGCUUGAUCUACCAUGAGUACCAGAGGUUUCCUGCUUGUGUGAGGAGAAAUGCUUUGGUCUCUGCGCAAGCGGAACCCAUGAGCGGCGAAGCCUGUGUCACUCCUAAGACUUGACCAAGCCCCCAAAAUCGUGCAGGAAAAGUCUCUGAAACCCAAGGUUAGCUAGUUCGUUCAAGAUUGCUGGAUAUUGGCCUCGUUCUUCUUUAUUGCAUUCUAUUUAGCUCGACUUCUCGGUGCGUAAAAAUGCAAAAACGAACUUGGCCAAUGUCCGGUCAUCUUGGUCAAUAACGAAUGUUCGUUGGGGAGGAACACGACACGAAGGCCUAGGAACGUCUGUGUGGGAGCUUACAAAGUAACUGAUUUUAAUAAUACCAUUUUAUUUUUUAAAUUUUAGUACCAGCUUCUAUUUCCUGUACUGAACGCUUCGACAUUACCAAGUUAGAGACGAAAACUGGGGAACUUGCAAGCUACAUCUAUCCUCUACCUUACGAUGACGAUGUCAAGUGCAUCUGGCUCAUCAUUGUGGAUUCUAAUUACGAAAUAACGCUGUCCUUUGAUUACUUCAAUCUGUCUCGAUCCAGUGACUGUUCUGAUGAUUAUGUGGAAGUCCGUGAUGGUCAGUUUGAUACGAGUGAACUAGUUGGAAAGUUUUGUGGAGCAGAUAUACCUGAACCAGUAACAUCAGAUUCCUGGGCUAUGCGUUUGACAUUCCAAUCCAGUGGAAAGACAAAGUAUCCUGGAUUUAAAGCCAGCUACAAGACGAAAAGUAAGGUUGUAAUGGUAAAAGUAAUUUUUGGUUUUCUAGCCUCUUCUUUUUUAUUGAACAGCAACCUACCCGACGGGUGUGUACAAGAAUGGGACAAAAUUGUAAAUUGUUUACCCGCGGCGCGCUUAAGAGUUCAUGAGAACUCGUUGAAACGUGUCCGUGCGUUCCAGAUCGAAUUGGAAUUUGGAAGUGCUGUUUUUUAAGGGAGGGGAAAACCGGAAUAUCCGGAGAAAAACCUCUCGGCGCAAGGGAGAGAACCCACAACAAACUCAACCCACAUAUGGCUUCGACGCCGGGAUUUGAACCCGGGCCACAUUGGUAGGAGGCGGGUGCUCUUCCCACUACGCCACCUUUGCUUCCCUACAUAGGACACAUAGGUCUCAUGCAAAGUACCCUCCCCACCAAAUCCAUGAAAGAUAGACACCUUGGCGAGUUAUCAGUAGCUGAGAGUCCUAGUUCCUUUACUCCUCGCAAGAUUGGGUCAACCCGUAACCUUUUCGAGGCUCGGUUGCAGUGGAACCUCUGUUUAGGGAACACCCUCAGGACUCAGGCAAGUGUCCCCUCAUUCGAGGUAUCCCCUGAGUAGAGGCUGGUUUAUGUUUGUUAAUAAUUAAUCAGACAAAGAAAAUAUGCUGCAUUCAUUAUUUAAAGCAGCAAGAUAGUAAGUGAAAAAUCACGAUUAACUUCGCGCUGCAAUAUGGUGUGUUGAGUUCCCACAAGUGCGGAACACAAAUUUAGGUGAGAUAGCUCAUGCUGUGAAAGCUGUCAUCAUAAUUGUGAGAAGUGUACACGUAAACUUAUCUACCCACUUUGUCCCCUGAAUAGUGGAGUUCCCAUUCGUUUAAAAAGUUAGAGGUCCUUAGGACCCCCAGUCCCAGGAAAUUGAAGGUCCUUUUCGCUUUAAAAGGUCCCAAGACCUAUUUUGUGUGUACUGUGUGAUUACAAGAGUUGGAGGGGGUAAUUUGCGGUCUACAAUUUCUUCCUUUGCCACAAACAGAGCUGUUCUUACUAAAGACUUUAAAAGCCGUACCUGAUUUUUCUUUCACAUGAACUUUUCGUGAGAUCUUCUUUGUUGAUUUGCACAGCUGUGGGAUGUUAAUUUCCCAACUGAUGGCGAUCUAAGGCUGAUCGCUGAAAAUUAGUUGCACCAUGUGCAGAGCAUGUGGAUGGUUUUCCGAAACAUCCGUUUGCAUCUACACCUGUUUUGCAUUUCAUGUGGUCGAUGGAAAUAUACAUUAACCAUGAAAAUUCUUCAAGCCAUUUGGACUUGAAGACACCCUUUUUGGGUCAGGAAAACUGCUGAGGAUCUACAUCAUUUUUUUUUCUCUGCCCGGUAGACGAAGAUUGUGUUGGGUGGACAUAUUCCCCAAUUAGACAAAAUGGCUAGUUGAUGAAACACGUGGGGAUUUCCAAGAUUGUUGCAAAGAUGUCCUUGUGUGUGUCUGAAACUCUUGCGCUCAAAGAAGCGUGCGUCCUUUUCGAUUUUUGAUUGCAAAAUACGCACACGUGUGCGUUAAUGGGAACGCUGCUGAAUGGAAGUUAAACCUGGGCUUUGAGACCCACAAAAUUGUCCCUUUCCCCUAAAUAGAGGUGUUCUUUCAAUAGAGGUAACAGUUACAAAGAUUAUGUGAACAGUUUUCCGGCACCAAAUUUUUGUGUCCCUUGAAUGGAGGUGUCCCUUGAAUAGAGGUGUCCCAAUGUAGAGGUUCCACUGUAGUCGGGACAAGCAGAACCGGAAAAGCGAGCGUAAGAGAAAAAAAUCCUUCAGGGACUGGGAGAGAAAGGGCUCCUCUCCCCAGUCCACAUCUGAUUUCCUCGCCUUUUUCUUUUACCUCGUGCGAUUCCUCGUGCUUGCUUUUCGCAUCGUUCCUUCUGACAGGAACAGACAACAGGCUGUAGCAGGAGCCGAUGUACAAUUGGCUCCUGAGUGA